CAUUCACUCGCACAAUCCCUCUCUCGCUCUCUCUCUCUAGUCUUGUUUGCGUGCUGCUUCUUUGAUCUUCUUCCAUGGCGCUCAUGCUAGACAACUGCGAAGGCAUAAUACUCUCUCUCGACUCGCACAAAUCAGUCCCGGCGCCAUUCCUCACAAAAACAUACCAACUCGUAGACGAUCCGGCCACCGACCACGUAGUCUCUUGGGGCGAAGACGACACCACCUUUGUCGUUUGGCGUCCACCUGAGUUCGCUCGCGAUCUCCUCCCCAACUACUUCAAGCACAACAACUUCUCUAGCUUCGUCAGGCAGCUCAACACCUACGGUUUUAGAAAGAUUGUGCCGGACAGAUGGGAGUUCGCCAACGAAUUCUUCAAGAAGGGAGAGAAGCAUUUGCUUUGCGAGAUCCAUCGAAGAAAAACCGCUCAACCGCAAGUCUCCAUCAAUCACCACCACCAACAACCACCACCCAGUUUCUUCCCCUUUCAAACCCGACUCAGUAUUUCUCCAUCUGACUCCGACGAGCAGGCGAACUGGUGUGACUCUCCGCCCACCAACUAUAACAAUGACAACUCGGUCACUGCUUUGUCGGAGGACAAUGAGAGACUGAGGAGGAGCAACAAUAUGUUAAUGUCCGAGCUUGCACACAUGAGAAAGCUUUACAAUGAUAUCAUCUAUUUUGUUCAGAAUCAUGUGAAGCCCGUCACUCCUAGUAAUACUUAUCCUUCUUCAUUGCUUCCAUGCAAUACUUAUACCUCUACUACUCCUCCUUCACCACCAUCUUCUACAAACUUUUGUCAUUCAAUGAUUCAAAAGCCUAAUUUGAACCAGAUUCUUGGGUAUUGUCCCACUAAUUAUAACACCAAACCACAAUUUUCUCACUACUACUCUCAGCACCCACAUCAUCAUCAAGUACUGAAUAGCUCUCCCACUAGUACUCCUAAGAGCUCAUUGACCAUUGUUGGAGAAGCCAUAAACAACAACAAAACAAAGCUGUUUGGGGUGUCACUACAAUCCAAGAAGAGAGUGCACCCGGAGUAUGCUACUACUGGUCCAGGAAGUAUGGAGACUAACAAGGCUCGUUUGGUGUUGGAGAAGGAUGAUUUAGGGUUGAAUCUCAUGCCUCCCUCAGCAUGUUAGUUUGAUUAUCUCUUUUAUAAUUUUUUUUAAAAAAAUUAUAUUCCUCUUUUGAGUCAUAUGAUGAUAGUGUUUGAGAAAAUGCGUGUGUGGGUGUUCGCGACAAUUUUGUACAUAACUACUCUUCUCUAGUGCCAAGAUUUAUCUUUAAUUAGCCAUGAAUGCAGGUGGGUUUUUUUUAGAGACCGAA